AUGGGCGACCCUCACUACCGCACGUUCGACGGCCACUAUUACAACUUCAUGGGCAACUGCACCUACACCAUGACUAAGAACUGCCAUGUUGACAAGGAUCACCCAGCCUUUGAGGUGCAGGCCAAGAAUGUGGAGGACCGUGCAAACUCGCAGGUCACCUCAGUGGGAAUGGUCACCGUCAAGGUUUACGGUGUCAACAUUGACAUUGUCAGCUCUGAAUUUGGUCUUGUCCGAGUAAGUGGAUUCACAAGUUGUCUACCUAUGUUAUCUGUUCAACAACCCUUGUCUUUGUUUGGUGUAUCUGUAUAAAUUAUUUUUCUACUGUGGUUUGAUUUCAUUCCAGAUUAACUUCCAGUUAUGGAAUCUCCCCAUCAGUUUAGAGAAUGGCAAAGUGAAACUCUCCCAGAGUGGAUUUUCAGUUGUCAUGGAGACAGACUUUGGUCUGAUGGUGCAGUAUGAUUGGCUAAAGUACCUGGUGGUGACUAUGCCUGGGAGCCUGGCAGGCAAGGUGUGUGGCAUGUGCGGCAACUUCAAUGGCAAACAGGAUGACGAACUCACCAUUCCCAGUGGCUCCCUUGCCAGUAAUGUUGUGGCACUAGGCAAGAGCUGGAGGGUAUCAGACAAGGGAGGUGAUGCCUACUGCAGAGAUGAGUGCACAGGCCAAUGUGAGAACUGUGAGAGCAGCUUGGUUAAGCACUUAGAAGGGGAGAUAUUUUGCACCUUUCUCACAGACAUCAUGAAUGAACCCUUCAAAAACUGCCACACCACCAUCGACCCCAAGAUCUUACAUGAGAACUGCUUGUAUGACCUUUGUCGGGGCGAGAUCAUGAAGACGUACCUGUGUGACACCCUGCAGGUGUACACCGAUGCCUGCCAGAGGGCUGGGAUCGAAGUGUACAACUGGAGGGGCAUUGCCCAUUGCCGUGAGUAACCAGCAAAGAUAACUGAUCAUUUUCAGGAGGAUAAGAGCAUAAAGGACUGCAAUACUUUAUUUCCCCUUUCACAUGUUGUAAAACUGAGUGUGGUCUGUGGUCUUUUCCCCCAGCCAAGCCUGAAUGCCCAGAGAACAGUCACUAUGAGUUCUGUGGAAGCGCCUGCCCUGCCACUUGUGAAGACCCAAAUGCUCCCUCCAAAUGCAAAGCCAGCUGUGUGGAGGCCUGUACCUGUGACGAGGGCCACCUGCGCAGUGGGAACAAGUGUGUGCCUAAGUCCCAAUGUGGCUGCCAGUACAAAGGCCACUAUGUGGAAGCCGGAACAUCUUUCUGGGGGGAUGAGAACUGUACCAAACGCUGUAACUGCAGCUCCACUGGUGAGAGAGUUGAGAGCCAGGUGGCCAGUUGUCCACUUGGACAGCAGUGCCAGGUGGUUGAUGGCAUAAGAGGCUGCUACCCUACAACCUUUUCCACAUGCAUGGUGUCUGGUGAUCCACAUUACCACACCUUCGAUGGACAACGCUACAAUUUCCAGGGCACCUGUGUGUAUCAGAUGGCGAGUGUCUGCUCCAAUGACAGUACCCUGGAGCACUUUAGUGUUGCCAUACAGAACGAUGGGCGAGAUAAAAAGGUGGGGUCCAUCACCAAGCUGGUAGAGGUCAAGGUCUAUGGGUACACGAUUGUCAUCAGCAAAGAGCACCCAGGUUUUGUGAUGGUAAGAAAUUACUUAUAAUAAAAAUCGUAUAGUUUCGAUUACAAUGCCUUCAGAAAAUAUUCAUACCCCUUGACUUAUUCCACAUUUUGUUGUGUUACAGACAGAAUUCAAAAUGGAUUAAAUUGUGUUUUUUUCCUCACUUAUCUACACACAAUACCCCAUAAUGACAAAGUGAAAACAUGUUUUUAGAAUGUCUUGAAAAUGUCUUGAAAAUUAAGUACAGAAAUAUCUGAUUUAUUCACACCCGUGAGUCAAUUCAGGUUAGAAUCACCUUUGUUGAUCCAUCCUCAGUUUUCUCCUAUCACAGCCAUUAAACUCUGUAACUGUUUUAAAGUCUCCAUUGGCCUCAUGAGCGGUUUCCUGAGCGGUUUCCUUCCUCUCCAGCAACUGAGUUAGGAAGGACGCAUGUAUCCUUGUAGUGACUGGGUCUAUUGAUACACCAUCCAAAGUGUAAUUCAUAACUUCAACAUGCUCAAAGGGAUAUUGAAUGUCUGCCUUUUUCUUUUGUGUAACAACAGUUGCCCUUCUUUGCGAGGGAUUGGAAAACCUGCCUGGUCUUUGUGGUUGAAUCUGUGUUUAAAAUUCACUGCUCGACUGAGGGACCUUACAGAUAAUUGUAUGUGUGGGGUACAGAGAUGAGGUAGUCUUUCAAAAAUCAUGUUUAAACAAUUCCAUAUGUUAGCUUAGUAGAAGCCUUUUAGAGGUUAAACACUAUUAUUGCACUAUCCAUGCAACUUAUGUGAGUUGUUAAGCACAGUUUUACUCCUGAACUUAUUUAAGCUUGCCAUAAAAAAUGGGUUGAAUUCUUAUUGACUCAAGACAUUUCAGAUUUAAUUUUUUUAUUAAUUUAUAAAAAUGUCAAAAAUAUAUUUAUUUAAUCCGUUUUAAAUUCAGGCUGUAACACAACAAAAUGUGGAAAAAGUCAAAGGCACUGUAUAUGUUAAAAAGGUCAACACUGAGGUUAACUGAACCAUUAUUCCUCUACUUUUGUGUUCUCCUUCAAAGGUGAAUGGUGAACUCGUGAAUCUUCCCGUAAAACUCAACAAACUGCACAUAUACAAGGGUGGUUGGUUCGCUGUGAUCGAGACUGACUUUGGGGUGAAAGUGUCCUAUGACUGGAACAGCGUAGCAACAGUCACUGUCCCCAGCACUUAUGCAAAUGCAAUGUGCGGCAUGUGUGGCAACUACAACCACAAUCCAAACAACGACAUGCAGAUGAAGGAUGGAAGGCAGGCUGCCACUGCAGAGGAGCUUGGUCAGAGCUGGAGAUUAACAAAGAUCCCUGGUUGUGUGAACGGCUGCAAAGAACCAUGUCCUGACUGUAGCAUCACCCAGAGGGAUCAGUACAUGACAAACAAGUACUGCGGCCUCAUCAGCGACCCAACAGGCCCCUUUCGUGACUGUCACUCCAAGGUGGACCCCAUGGGUUUCGUCCAAGACUGUCUGUAUGAUGUCUGUCUGUACCAGGGAAACAGAAACAUGCAGUGCAAUACCCUAACUGCCUACACAGCUGCCUGCCAGGAGAAAGGGGCCAUGGUCUACUCCUGGAGGUCGGAUAAAUUCUGUGGUAUGGACGUUUGA